AUGAUUGACCACAAGACUCCGUUCGAGAUCGUGUAUGAGUCGAAACUAAGUGUUAAGCACAUGCGCGUGUUUGGAUGUCGGGCGUUUAUCCUGACACCAAGGGAGAAGCGACUGAAGUGGGACCCGAAGGCUCGUGAAGGGAUGUUCAUGGGCUACGAAGAAGCGUCUAAGGCUUAUCGAGUGUACGACAUUGAGUCGGGAAAAGUGGUGAUCAGUUGUGACAUCACCUUCGACGAAUCGACUUUUGACUUUUCGAUGGACCGACCAAGUGACGAUGAUGAAGAUGCGGAGUUGGACAUCAACCUCAUAGUAAUUAUCUAUGACGACGUGCGUCAAACCGUCUACAAGCAGACUGGCAAGCGCAAGAGCGAAGCAAGUACCGACAUGUCACGUUCAGCUCGCCCUCGAACUGGGUUGGAACAAGCAAGUGCGCCGGAACGUGUCUCCAACCGUCACCAGAAACGACGAUCAAGUUUUCCCGAAACAAAGUCUGAUGACUAA